AUGUACAUUUUUACAGCAUUGGUCGCCUUCAUCGGCCUAUCGCCUUCUGCUCUGGCAGCGCCUGUCCCGGUCCCACCUGGUAUCCCGUCCGCCAGCUCAGCCCGCACGCAGCUCGCCAGGCUCACUGUCCGCACUGCUGGCAGCAUGACUGGCUACUCACGCGACGAAUUCCCUCACUGGAUCACGCAAAGCGGUAGCUGCAAUACUCGUGAGACGGUCCUCAAGCGCGAUGGCACCAAUGUCGUCACCGAUUCAGCGUGCGCCUCUACGAGUGGCAGCUGGUUUAGCCCGUACGACGGUGCGACUUGGACCCAGGCGAGCGAUGUCGAUAUUGAUCAUAUGGUACCGUUGGCCAAUGCUUGGAUUUCCGGAGCGAACGCAUGGACAGGAGAUCGUCGGCAGGAGUUCGCCAACGACCUGACAUCACCGCAACUCUGGGCUGUCACGGACAACGUCAACUCAGCGAAGAGCGACUCUCCUCCGAACACCUGGAAACCUCCCUUGACAAGCUUCUACUGCACGUACGCAAGAAGCUGGAUUGCGGUCAAGAGCAAGUACAGCCUCAGUGUCACGAGCGCAGAAUCAAGUGCACUCAGCGGUAUGCUCGAUACAUGCUGA